CUCGGAUCCUCCCUCUCCCCCUAACUUGUAAAAUAUGUUCAGAGCGAUAGCCUCCGAGGAGUCCUCAGACAAACACAGGCAGCCCUGAGGUGUGAGACUUCCCCGGGACCACAGAAAGCACGUGAAACCAGAGGAGAGUGCCUCUACGACAGCACCACUCUCAGCUUCCUCUUUUCAGCUUUGUGGAUUUUUGCAAUCGCUGACUUCGGGGGAAAUUUUAAUAGGAGCACUUGGACUUUUUAAAUAAAACAAAAACUUUUGGGGGAUAAAAUGGCACUUCGACAGAGCUCAGAUAAGGAGCCAAGCAUCGAGCUGUUCAUCAAGGCUGGACAUGACGGUGAAAACGUGGGGAACUGCCCUUUCUGUCAGAGGCUCUUCAUGGUGCUGUGGCUCAAAGGAGUGAAGUUUACAGUGACCACUGUUGAUAUGAGGAAGAAGCCAGCUGAGCUCAAAGACCUAGCCCCUGGGACUAACCCUCCUUUCCUCCUCUACAACGGCACCCUCAAAACAGACUUCAUCAAAAUUGAAGAGUUUCUCGAACAAACGCUGGCCCCUCCCAGGUAUCCUCAUCUCAGCCCGGUAAACAAAGAGUCAUUUGAUGUGGGAGCUGACAUCUUUGCAAAGUUCUCCGCUUUCAUCAAAAACAGCCCAAAUAACGCCUUACAAGAGAAAAACCUGCUGCGGGAGUUCAAGCGUCUGGAUGACUACCUGAACAGCCCCCUCCCCGAGGAGAUCGACCACAAUUCAGUAGAAACCACCACCGUCUCCAACAGGAAGUUCCUGGACGGCGACCGACUCACCUUAGCUGACUGCAACCUGCUGCCCAAACUGCACGUUAUCAGGGUUGCUGCCAAAAAGUACUGCAACUUUGAGAUUCCAGACCAUUUCACAGGCGUGUGGAGAUACCUUAAAAACGCUGACGAGAGAGACGAGUUCAAACAGACGUGCCCGGCCGACAUUGAGAUUGAGAAGGCUUACCUGAGCGUGGCCAACAAGAGGAAAUAACCAUCUAACUCCUUGUAGUUGUUGCCCUUUUGUUCUGUUUUUUUUUUUUUCUUUAAUCAAUUGUAACCACGUGUGUAGAGAUGGUGAUCUGUAGAAGGCACUGCAAACUUCAAAAAUAAACUGUGGCAGUGAACCAGACACCCUAAAAUUCUCAAGCUCAUAUAGCUUUAGAGCCCCAAGACAUGCUAAAGUCAAAUGUUUUGGCAUUUACUGUUUAUCCAGGUCACUCACAGACAAAAAAAAAGGCCAUAUGUGCAAUUGAUUGUUGAUUUAUAUUUAGUAGAGUUUUGUUUAUAGUGUAAAUAUCAAUAUUUUUUGCAUUUUACAAUCAAAACAGUCACAUAGAAAUAUGUAUGAUUGUGUUAGUGUGAGCAACGGCUGCGUAAACAGUUCAUUGUUAUGUAAAACACUCCUGUAUAUCUUACUGUGUACAAAUACAGUUUCGCUGAAUUGUCACACAUUGUCACACUAAUGAAAAUAAAUACCACAUUUCUUUGUCAUAA